AUGACCUCCCCUAAUUACGCCCACCACUUUUCAGCCCGCAAUAUCCCCUUUGGGAUUGCAUCAUCGACAAAGCAUCCCCAACCUCAAGCGGUGACCCGGGUGGGAAAUUCUGUUAUCUUUCUUCAUGAAUGCCAUACUAGUAGUGAACUGUUCGAGGGCAUCGAUGGACUUCCCAGAAGGAUCUUUGCCGAUGAGACCCUCAACCACUUUGCGGCUCUCCCAAAGGCUACCCACAGAAAUGUUCGUGGGGCCAUUCAAUCCGUCUGCCAGAAUGGCAACCUCGACAUCUCCAAGCUGCUGCCAGGGUGUGUUGAAGACAUCACGGAAGUGGAGAUGCACAUGCCUAUCACAGUUGGCGACUUUGCCGGUACAAUCCCUCUGCGUCCUCCGCCCAUAAUACAAGCUCGUCUUCUAACAACACCAGACUUUUCCUGCUCUCUGAUUCAUGGCAAAAACGCGGGCCGCAUUGUUGUCAACGAUCCUCGCCCACCCCCGGCCUUCUUCCACUUCCCCAUCGCUUAUCAAGGGCGGGCUAGCUCCGUUGUGGUGUCCGGAACCGACAUUGAGCGCCCCCAGGGCCAGUACCGCGACAAGUCUGUUCCAACGACAGCGGAUGAACCCAAGCCGGUGGUGUAUGGCCCCUCGAAUGCAGUCGACUAUGAGCUUGAGUUUGCCGCUAUUAUCGGAAAACCGCUGCGUAUGGGGCGGAGGCUGAAUGCGGUCGAUGCGGACGACCAUAUCUUUGGGUUUGUCAUUUUGAAUGAUUGGAGUGCCCGAGAUAUCCAAGCAUUCGAGAUGACCCCGCUGGGCCCCUUCAACGGCAAGAAUUUUGGCACAUCCAUCUCACCGUGGAUCGUGACUCUUGACGCCCUUGAGGCAUUCAAGACUGAAGGCCAAAAGCCCAUGGUUGAUAUCCCGAAGUACCUACAGGAUCCAGAGCUGCGGACGUACGCAAUACAAAUGCAGGUUGAGCUCCUGUCGGGCUCGACACCAACGCUGGCAGGCACGUCUUGGGUACAGAGUUUGUACUGGUCGCCGCGGCAAAUGGUUGCGCAUGCGGUCAGUGCUGGCGCGGCCCUGAGGCCGGGAGACAUCAUGGCGACCGGCACGGUGAGUGGGGAUGGGGAGGAUGCGAGUGGGUGCAUGCUGGAGCUUACGGAAGGAGGUGCCAAGCCAUUCAAGUUGAAGGAUGGGACUGAAAGGGGAUACUUAAACAAUGGGGAUGUGGUGAGAAUGACGGCUGUGGCCGGCAGCGAGGAGUCAGGGGUUGGGUUUGGAGAAUGCAUUGGCAGACUCGUUGAGAGCCGACCCAUGGAGGAAUGA